CUCAAGCUCGACAAGCCAUUGCGACAGUGGAGAGAACCAGAGGAUGUCGGCUCCCCCAUCCUCAUCUGGCCCGGCGCCCGCGCCUGUUAUAAAUGAGCCUGUGAGCGUCAUUCCUCCCAGGGCGCCCAAGAGGCUGGGCAUGCCGAAGCUGCAGCUUCCCUCUCGGCCUUCUUCGUCAUCGUCCUCGACAGGGUUUGCACCACGCUCAUUGGGAGGCGGUCCUAGUGGAGCGAGCACUUCUUCGCUAAGUUUGGCCAUUCCCACCGGACAAGCUUUCUCAGGUGGAGACAACGAUGAAGGCUACGAAGGAUCAGCGGGCACAUCAACGACGACAACGACAACGACAACCUACGCAAACAAUCUCUCCGUGGCCGGACCAGCAGCAGGGGGAUCCAGCGGCGCGACAAGCAUAUAUCCAGAGACGCAACCAUACGGAGAGGGCACAGAUUUUCGGGCACUGACGAACGAUCUAAAGAGAGCCAUGGGCGGCUUGACGAUAGAUGAGGCUGCACCAUCUGAUGGAGCACCGCCGCUAAAGCUCCCCGUCUCGGGAGGCUCCAGCAAGGAAGGUACAACAGCCGAACCAAAAGCAGAUUCUCGCCGGUCAUCAGCGUCGGGCGUCACGCACGAGGGUGGAGGAGAAGGAGAUGAAGAUGCUGAGCUGCAGCUUAAGGGCAAUCUCGAGAUCUUGAAUCGACUGGGCGAGGGUGCAAGUGGAGAGGUCAAAAGAGCGAUUCACAAGCCGACGGGUCUCGUCAUGGCUCAAAAGACGAUCAGUACAUCACCCAAUCCAGACAUUCAUCGUCAGAUUCUGCGAGAGCUGAGCUUUAAUCGGACGUGCCAUUCCGACUACAUAGUCAAGUACUACGGGGCCUUUCUCGACGACGAAGACACUUCCAUUGUCAUUUGCAUGGAGCACUGCGAAGCCGGGUCGCUCGACGGCAUCUACAAGCGCAUCAAAUCGCGUAACGGGCGAAUGGGCGAAAAAGUAUUGGGCAAGGUCGCAGAGGAAGGCUUGAAGGGUCUGGCGUACCUUCAUGAGAGAAGAAUUAUUCAUCGGGAUAUUAAGCCGUCUAACAUCCUCGUCACGAGACAGGGUCAGAUCAAGCUAUGCGACUUUGGUGUCUCGGGUGAGCUGGUCAAUUCGAUGGCUGGGACAUUCACCGGGACUUCCUACUACAUGGCCCCCGAACGCAUUCAAGGGCUCAAUUAUACCAUUACCUCGGAUGUAUGGUCACUCGGCCUAACGAUACUCGAGCUGGCCUCGAAUCGAUUCCCCUUCCCAGCGGAAGGAGAGCCUCCCCUAGGGCCUAUCGAUCUGUUGUCGUACGUCAUCAACAUGAAGGUACCGGAGCUGCAAGACGAUGAAGCGGCAGGGAUCAAGUGGAGCAAAGCAUUGAGGAACUUCAUCGAGACAUGCCUUGUCAAGGACCCCACACGGCGCCCGGGGCCGGUCAAGAUGCUUGGACAUCCAUUCGUCAAAAGGAGCGAAUCGAGGCAGCCUCCGACUGACAUCGCCAAAUUUGUCGCUGAUGUCUGGGGCUGGCCAGCUCCAAAUUCGAUCCAUUCAGCGGUCACAAGCAGCCCGACGGUGACGCCCACAAGUAGCAACAGCAAUAGCAGCGGCGGAACAGUAUCCUCGCACUUUACUCCCGGCUCAAAGGGGGUCAACGUGCCUGGCUUAGGCCGCGUCGCCUCCAUCCGUCAGGCACCUUCACCCUUGUCGGCCACUACUUCGGCCUCGACGCCGACGUCUUCUCUCCUCGAAGGUGCGGCGCCCGCCCAUCGCGUGCCGAACCUGAGCCUCGUCACGGAUCGCAAAUUGCGCAAGGAGACAGAGAUGAUGGAUCAGGAGCACGGCGACGGCUCGGAAGAGUCCAGCUGGAUCAGGCAACAGGAGGCCAAGAUGAGGGAAGCAGACGUGGGCCUCGUCGGUAGCCCAACAGAGGAGAGCUAAAGAUCACCAUCAGCCUUUUCCUGUCUUCCCUAUUGACGGGACUUGAUUCAAUAUUAGUCAAUAAAAGUAGGUCUGUCCACG